GUAUCAGCUGUUAGUAGUAGCAGACUACUUUAGCUGUGUUGCAAAUUUACUGAUAGCGCUGUUCUACCAUUUACAUAUGUUAGAAAGACCAGUACGAUCCGAACACAAGGAGUUUAUAAAAGAAAAUCGAAGCCUAGCAUUCUGGUAUCGUCAGGACACUUAUACGAAAUCAGAGAAGGGAACGGACUCCCUCUCCCCCCCAAGAGGUAUUUCUCAAAACAGCAUUCUCCAUAUAUAUAGUCUGUAACGAACGAUCCUGUACGCAUAACGGUUGAUACAGCUGAAAAGUACGGAUGUGGAGCGAGUAACAGCGGUGCCUAACGGUGAUCGGUUUGGACUGCAAUUUCUUAGAGACGUGAAUUUCGUUGCAACUUGAACUUAAAGCGAUUCAUCAGUAUUCGUAUCGUGACGAAAAUAUUAAAUAUAUGAUUGUUAACUAACGAUUUUGUGUAACAAUGUUAUUUGAAACGACGUUGAUUUGUGCCUUUAUUGUGCUCGGCAUCAUUUGUUAUCAUAAAACGUGCUUGUGGUGCAACUUAAAAUAUUAUUCUAUUGGAAUAAAGUAUCAUGGUCACGAUGUAUUCAACACGAGAUACAAUAAAAUAGAUUUAUUUCCAAAGCCGAAUAGAAUUGCAAUUGUAACUGGUGGUUCUAGAGGUAUAGGAGCGAAAGUAGUUAAGCAAUUGUUACAGUGUGACAUGGAAGUUAUACUCGCUUGUAGAGUAAUUAGCUUGGGUGAAAAUAUUAUCCACCAGAUUAGAGAAUCUGGUGUCACUAGUGGACGAGCAAAAGUUUAUAAGCUUGAUAAUUCCUCUCUCGAAUCAGUCAAAAAAUUUGCAAAGCAAAUAAAAGCGGAUUAUGAUAAAAUUCAUGUAUUAAUUAACAAUGCUGCUGUUAUGUUUCCUACUAGCUAUAAAAAUACAGAAGACGGAUACGAAGAACAAUGGAUGAUAAACUAUUUAUCACAUUUUUUAUUAAUGUCUCUUCUUCUGCCAUUAUUGAAAACUGGCGGGCAUCCGGAAGAAUGUAGUAGAAUUGUUAAUGUUACUUCAUGCGCUCAUGACCUCGGCACCAUAAAUUUUGAUUACAUCAAUAAUUUUGACAAGAAAAUACUUUGUAGGCAUGAUUCGUAUGGACAAAGUAAAUUAGCACAGACAAUGUCUACGAUAACAUUGCAGAAACUCUUUAAAAACAAAUCGUUGAAUAUAUUAGUAUAUUCCGUGCAUCCGGGUAUAGUAAAAACAGAUUUAUUCCAAGAUACUGUAUUAGCCUGGAACAAAUGGCUUAUGGUUGGAUGGAAGACAGCUGAUCAAGGAGCAACGCCAGUAAUAUAUGCUGCAAUUAGCAAAGAUCUUGAAAAAAAAGGUGGGAUAUAUAUUAGUAAUUGUAAAGAAAUGGCUGUUCCUUCGUUAGCACUCGAAGAGGAAGUUCGGGAACGAUUAUUUGAAUUAUCCUUAAAACAAACACAUUUAAAAAAUUUUUUCCAAUAUUUGUAACGAAAAUAUACACAAUAUUUCUUAUUCCAUGUCUUAUUAAAUAAUUUGUGCGUCAUUGAAUAUAUCGCGCACACUUAUUUCAAUAAAUUUAUAUUAAAAAUUAAUAUUUUUUUACAUUUGAAACAUUCAUGCGAUGUAUCUAUUCUAAUUCUAACUGUAAGAAAAUGCAAAUAACCGAUUACCCACGCAACAUCAUUGAACAUGUAUGAAAAUAUUGGAAAAGAUGACAGACGAUAAACUUUAGAGACGUAAAAGAAUCCUUUUAGUUAAAUCAUUCUUUACUGAA